AUGACCCGGUCCAGGUCGCUUCUGCCUGGCAUGUUGGGUCAGGUGCCCAUUCAGAUUCCUGACAUACCUGAAGUUUUAGCGUGGCCAGCUGGCGGCGCCAUCAUGGCGGUGUUUGCCCCAUGCCUGGACCGGGGCCCCCGAGCGGUUCAACAUGCCACAAAGGUGGUUUUUCCGUUAACCAAAGUGAAGUUAAUUAACGAGCUGAAUGAACGCGAGGCCCGGCUCGGUGUGAAGGAAGGCGUGUCCUGGCAUCAGGACUACAAGGACAGCGCCUGGAUAUUCAUGGGGGGGCUGCCUUACGAGUUGACUGAAGGCGACAUCAUUUGCGUCUUUUCACAAUACGGCGAGGUGGUAAAUAUUAACUUGGUGCGCGACAAACAAAGCGGGCGCUCUCGCGGAUUCUGCUUCUUGUGUUAUGAGGAUCAGAGGAGUACAGUGCUGGCUGUGGAUAAUCUGAAUGGCAUCAAGCUGAAAGGACGAACAGUUCGCGUUGACCACGUGUCAAAUUACCGCGCGCCUAAAGACGCCGAUGACAUCGACGAAGUGACCAAAACACUUAGAGAGAAAGGCUGCGCCGCGCAAACUCCCCCCCACUCGUCUUCCGAAGAAGAGCCGGGGGAGCCGCAAAAGAUAAAGAAACAUAAAAAGAAAAAACGCAAAAAGGAAAGCCGCGACUCCUCCAGCGAAAGAAGCGCCAGAAUCGCCGAGACCAUCAAGGAGGAGCGCGCCGACCCGGGCUAUGAGAAAUACAACAAUAAGCCGAGCACGUCCAGGCAGGACAGAGAUCAGAGGAAGGCUUCCGAUAAAGAGAGAAGUUCAGGAAGCGCGGCGAAACAACCGUCGCACGACCGACACAAGGCGGAGGAAAAACGUCACGCGUCAGAGAGCAAACAUCGAGACCACGAGGAGAAACGGGCAAAGGAACCGAAGAGGAAAGAUAGAUGAUCA